UGUGUCCCUGCCCUACAGGAGCAGAGUGCCUUUGCAAUGCUAUAGCAAGGGCCGAGAGCUGAGCAGUCACCAUGGCCCUGGGACCUGCUGCACUGUUCAUCUUGACUCUAUACAUCAAAGACCUGACCACACAUGGUGCUGACACCUGCCCAGAAGUGAAGGUCCUGGAUCUGGAGGGCUCCAACAAGCUCGCCAUCCUUCGAGGCUGCCCUGGUAUUCCUGGAGAUCUAGGACCCAAGGGAGAAGCAGGUGCCAAAGGAGAUAGAGGAGAGAGUGGCCUCCCUGGACAUCCUGGGAAGGCAGGACCUACUGGACCCAAAGGAAACCAAGGAGAGAAGGGAGUAAAAGGAGAGAAAGGAGACACCGGGCCAUCUCAGUCCUGUGCUAAAGGACCUCGGGCCUGCAAAGAAUUGCUCACCCAGGGCUACUCUCUUACUGGCUGGUACACCAUCUACCUGCCAGACUGCAGGCCCCUCACUGUGCUGUGUGACAUGGACACGGAUGGUGGGGGCUGGACCGUCUUCCAGAGGAGGCUCGAUGGUUCUGUGGACUUCUUUCGGGACUGGGCCUCAUACAAGCGGGGCUUCGGCAGUCAGCUGGGGGAGUUCUGGCUGGGGAACGACAACAUCCAUGCUCUAACCACCCAGGGAACCAGGGAGCUGAGGGUGGAUCUCACAGACUUCGACGGCAAUCAUAACUUUGCCAAGUACCGCUCCUUCCAGCUCCAGGGAGAGGAGGAGAAAUACAAGCUUAUCCUAGGAGACUUUGUCGGAGGUGGUGCUGGUGACUCCCUGACUUCCCACAAAAACCAAGUCUUCUCCACCAAAGACCAAGACAACGACAAGGCUGCUUCCAGCUGUGCACUGGCUUACCGUGGAGGCUGGUGGUACACAGGGUGUCACACUGCCAACCUGAAUGGCCUCUACCUCGGGGGUCCCCAUAAGAGCUAUGCGAAUGGUGUCAACUGGAGUACAUGGAGAGGGUACAACUACAGCUACAAGGUUUCUGAGAUGAAGAUGCGCCUCAUCUAGCUUCCCACACAGGGAGGACCCUCCAAACUCCAGCAUGCUGGCAACGGGAGCCUUCUAGCUCCAUGGGCAGCUAAGGAAGGAGUAUGCCCACCCUGCCCUGCUCUGCCCUUUGCCCACAGACCACAUAUCCCUUGACCUCCAAGCCGGCUUUCCUUACAUACCUAUAAUCUCACCCCAAAGGAAAAAAGUGCGUUUCCAAAUGCUGCUUGUUCUCUGACA